AGGUGUUCACCCAAGAUGGCUCCGUCCAUUCCCCUCCCUUUGCUUCUUCUUGCCGCGUUUUUUUCCGUUUCUAACUCUGCAGGUUUUGAGUCCAACUUUAAGGGAGAAGAGUACAUUUCUUACGACCUUCGCUCAAAUAGAAUCGCUACAGAGACAAAUCACAUUUCGAUGCAGUUCAAGACGUUUCACCCGAGCGGGUUGGUCAUGCACAGUAGCGGAACACAAGGGGAUUUCGUCACUUUGGAGAUGAUUCACGGCAAAUUAAGAUUAACUAUUGAUCUCGGAAAUACGAGAACAAUGUCAGGGAAACAUCACGUGAUUGUGGGUGAAAACCUCGACGAUAACAAAUGGCAUACGGUAAAAGUGGCACGAAACCAGCGCAGUCUGCUGCUGACCCUCGACAAUAAAGAAACAAGAACAAAUACCGCGGGCUCAUUUGUUCGUCUAGACCUCGACAAGUUCAUUUUUGUGGGGGGUGUAGACAGGAGUCUGCCUGAUGAUUACCACGGAGCUAGAGACGCGCCAAACUUUAAGGGCUGCCUGAAGGACGUGUACUUUGACUUUAUCGAUAUUCUAUACGGAGCUCAAUACGAACUGCUUUACUACAGCACUUAUGGAAGACUUAGUUAUAUAUGCCCUCUUGAUGACUACACGCCUGUCGGAUUUCCCUCUCUAAAUACACAUCUCCGUCUCACUGAUUUGUCACCAAAUAAUUUUACUGUCUGGCUCAGUUUUCGGACAUACUCCGGGGAUGGGGUGCUGGCUUUCAAGAUGAGCACAGACGCUCGCGUCUAUCUGUCACUGGUUCAUGCAAAACUGGAAUUAGAAAUCCGCAUCGGUACCGACCGACCAAUUAAAAUCAGCCUAGGAGAAAACCUUAACGAUGGAUUAUGGCAUGAUGUCACUUCCGGUAUAAACAGGAAGGAGCUGUGGCUGACCCUGGACGACAAACCGGAAGUACGCCAUGCAAAUCCUUGGCUCAAGAAUAUCGGGAAGUUCCGGCGAAGGACCUACAUCGGAAGUGGAACGCAGAAGACAGGGUUCGUCGGUUGUAUGAAUAACAUCAAACUCAACGGUGCUUUAGUUCGACCACGAAAGCUCUCGAAAGAGGUAGCGGGUGCUGUGAUUGGUCGAUGCAGUAUUACGUCAAAGUGUUUCCCUAACCCUUGCCAGAAUGGAGGAGCGUGCAAGGAAUCAUGGGAUAGCUACACGUGUGACUGCCAGGGCACUUUCUAUGAGGGAGCGACGUGCGAGGUCCCUCUGUACCGCUCUACAUGUGAGGAGUACAAGACGCUAGGGAUAUCCGAAGACUCCUACUGCAAAGUGGACCCGGACGGAAAGGGACCCUUGGGGUCUUUUGCGGUCAUGUGCAACAUGACGAAUCCGGAGGCGAAGACGGUGGUGUCACACAACAAGCAGAUGCGCCAGGAAGUGACUCAAGACGCCAGUAACUUUCACGGGUUCUACUUCCACCACAUCAACUACCAGCACGACCUGGCGAGCAUCCGGGCUCUUAUCGUGAAGAGCAAGCGCUGUCGUCAGUACAUCAGCUUUAACUGCUUCAACACUCUCAUCCUUAAUGCGCCCAAUGGACCCGCGCAUGCGCAGUGGCUUUCACGCACAGGCGUCCUGCAAAAUUACUGGGGAGGCGCGCCUGCGGAUAGGCAAAUUUGUGCCUGCGGUGUUGAUGGGACAUGCGCAGAUCCAACGAAGUAUUGCAACUGCGAUAUUGGGGAUUCAGUGUGGAGGGAAGAUGCAGGUUAUUUGAGGGACAAGAAUGCCCUUCCCGUCAGUAUGCUGCAGUUCACAGAAGACGCCUCUCGAUCAUACUUUACCCUGGGGCCCUUGGAAUGCUUCGGCUACGACGGGACACCUGUGGUACAACACUCCUCUAGUGGUAGUAUCAUGUCUUCCGCCUGCCGUCCAAUCACCCCUUCCCCCACAGAACUAGAGCCAAGCGCCCCGCCUUUCGUUCCUACCGCCUGGAUCAGUAAAGGGAGCAGGACCGCCAUGACGGAGAAUACGGGUAGGCCAACGCCCUUUUAUAGCCCGCCAAGCCCCACUGAGCUAACCCCCACUGCACGGCCGCCUAACCAGCAUGGUCACGUGACAGUGACGACAACCAUCGCUACGCAUGACAACUCCACCCACGUGACCUCGGUGGUGAAGCACAAGAAGAAUGGGUCCAAACAUGGCGUGACAAUUCACUCGUCUAUCUCUUCAGAUAAGGGCGGCGGCCUGACCAUACAAAACACCAUCACGACCAAGGGCAAGACCGUCACGCUGCCUCCUGUCACGCCGACCACAGGCUACCCAUCCGCCUGGGGGAACAGCAGCAUUGCGCACGUGACCCGCGUGACGGAGUACGAGUAUAGCGAGAAGUUCAUCGUCCUCGUGGUCUCCUCCGUUAUCGCCCUAGUCCUCCUCGUCAUUGUUGUCGUCAUUCUGUUGCUAAGGAGAUCCGGCCGCACUUACAUUAGUUGCGCUGUGUGCAAGCGCUGUCGCAAUAAGCGAAGUAUCCCAGAAAUAGAGAUCUACCGUCACUCGAUGUAUUCGGAUUCACCGGAAGUACUUCAGCUUGAGGAUAUGCGUCCGUCUUCAGUGGAGCUCGGGGCGUAUAACCUGCGAAAUGGACAAGCCGUGUAUCACAGCGUCCAUCAGACAGGAUCCGUCAAAAAGUUUGUGUCAUUCUCAUCGUCCACGGCAAAGAUUUAGGCAUGCGCAGUAAGCACGUGACACAAUAACUAAUCAUUUAUGAGAAACUAAUGCAAGAAGCAAAAUUCUACGUGGAUCUAGAAGCCAGAAAGUUGUAUUAGCCAAUCACGAAGUUAGAGUGUACCCAAUAACAAAGCGAAAAACUCUGCUAGCAAUUAAUGGAACUGUAUCAGCCAAUCACAUAGCGAGAUAGCUGUAUAAGCAAUCAAAACGAAACUCAGUGUGCAUAUCAAUAAACAAGAAACAAGUUCACAUACCACCGAACAAGAGACAUUAACCAAUCACGAACAAUAACGAUGAAUUACUAAGCGAUGGAUUUUCCAAAGCAUAUGGAUUUUCUGACGACCACGAAUAGAGAGAUUCUAAGUCGUUCCAUAAAGUGUUGAAUUGUGUAAUGAUUAUUUUAAACUCUUCCAUAUCAUGAGCCUAAUGAUGAGGCAAUAUCCAAUAUCUCCAUCUCUUGAUGUUUUGAUAUUGUUGUAAAUGAUAAAUAGCUAUUACCCGAGAAAAAAUGGGGAAAAGAUUAUCACAUAAGCGUGGAAGGUUGCCUGGUAUUACCCCACUCUCCCCACCCUAGGACAGAGUGACGCAAAGUUUAGAAUUGUCCUAGGGUUUGGGGCAUUAAAUAAUACGUACCAGGUAAUACCAAGCAAUAGACGAUAUAUACCAGGCAAUAUACAUACCAGGUAAUACUAGGCAAUAGAUAAUAUAUACCAGGCAAUUCACCAUUGGGUUUCGGGUUUAGUGCAGGACAAGGCAGGCAUUGAAUGGUAGCUUAUAAAAAGGAUAGAGCCAAAAGAAUAGUGGGUUGAAAUUUGUACAAACAGUCAAACAGCAAUCGUCCUAUAUAAGGGUAAGCAGUGCCAUACCCCAACAGGAAAACAAGAUAGUGAAUCAGUAGGUAGUCAGCGAAUACUCCCUAGUCACAAUAGGUAAUUCAAUGGCGAUUAAAAAAUUCGUUAUUGUAAAAGUGUUAAUUACAUACAUUAGUUGAGACGAAAUACAAAGUCCUCUCACCUCCAGGCGUUAUUCAAAGUAGAACAAAGUAAACAACAUUCUUUAAAUGUCCUAGUUACCUGUACGUUCUUGUAGAACUUAGAAUUAUACUACUGUGGGUUUUUAAGUUUUAGAAAUAUUUUGAAAUUAAUUAUCCCACAUCCACAGCAGGAUCUGUUAAAGUUAUCUUGUCUUCUAGUUUUCUUAACAUUAAAAUGAUGAUUAAAUAAUACUAAUAAAUAAUGAUUUCGAAUUAAA